AUGAAAGUAAAUUCUGAAUUCCCAAGUGUAAUUGCUUUUAGAAGAGCAUUGCAUUAUGCACUAACAAAUGAAUUUGAGUAUGACAUUGAGAAAAGUGAUUUGACAAGACUUACAACAUGUUGUGGAGAUAAAAAGUGCAAGCGGAGAAUUCAUGCUUUUCUUACACAAGAUGGGGUUACUUUUGAAAACUUUGUAGAAACUCAUUCUUGUACUCGAAGCAACAAGUGUGGUAACAAACAUGACACUCAAGGAUGGAUUGCUGAUCUUGUAACUGACAAGACUGCAAAUGACUUUUCUCUUUUCUCCGUCGGAAACUUCCGACCACCAUUACUGCAUAUGAAACCACUAGCCACUGUCGCUCCAUCUCUCCCUUUCUCAUCAAAUUCUGCCGCCGGAAACAUCUUCAAAGCCACCAGUAGCUCUACCAAACAAAAUCAACAUGAAGGACUCCUUGAUGCUGAAACCUGCAACUGUGACUGUUUUCAUCUCCCCUUCGUAACCCGCAACUCCGAUCGAUUUCACCAAAUUCAUUUGCAGAUCUUGACUCCAACAGGCACAUAUGCAAGAAUGUUAUUCACUUUUCCGGCGACAAGGAUUUCACCAGAUUCGUUUUUCUGGCGACAAGAGUUUCACCAAAUCUGUUUGAUUGGAGGCGUUGUUGAAGAAGGCGAAUGA